GAAGUCUCACGGGCUGGCUAACGGAGCGCCUGGAAGGGCCUGGUGAAUCUGGACCUAAGCUGCUAGACUCCUAGUCCAGCAUCUGGGGAGAUGACCUCAGUCCUGAGAAGCCCUCAGGCUCUCCAGCUCACUUUGGCCCUCAUCAAGCCCGAUGCUGUCGCUCACCCGCUCAUCCUGGAGGCUAUUCAUCAGCAGAUUCUGAGCAACAAGUUUCUUAUUGUCCGAAUGAGAGAACUUCUGUGGAGAAAAGAAGACUGCCAGAGGUUUUACCAGGAGCAUGAAGUGGGCCGAUCCGAGCCUACAUCCUUGCCCGUGAAGAUGCCAUCCAAUUCUGGAGAAAGCUGAUGGGACCCACCAGAGUUUUUCAAGCACGCUACGUGGCCCCAGAUUCAAUUCGUCGGGAAGUCUCGCUCAUUAUGAUCUUCAUGCCUUCCUCCUGCACUCUAUGAAAGCCCUUUCUCUGUCUUACAUCUCUUACAGACUCUGUGGUUUCAGCCAGUAGAGAGAUUGCAGCCUUUUUCCCUGACUUCAGUGAACAGCGCUGGUAUGAGGAGGAGGAGCCCCAGUUUCGCUGUGGCCCCAUCCGCUACAGCCCAGAGGGAGGCAUUCACCUUGCAGCCACCACAGGAGCCCCCAGGGACAGCAUGAUGCAGACUUCUCAGUCUGUAAAGUCCGGCGAUGAUACCAGUCUGUUCUUGUGGAAAGAUCUCUGAUCUAGAACAUUCUCUUAAGGAAGACCAGGGGAACCUCAGAGGACAUUUUGGCAUCUCUGCUGGACACUGC